AUGUGUCAUUCGACAUGGUCAGCAGUCAUGGUAUGGCUCCUGUACGGCGCCGCCCAAAGUAUGGAUGCAAAUCUACAUAACGCUCCUAGUAAUUGUACUAUAGUAGACACAACUGUCAACUCUGAUGGUGAUUCAGUUGUAUACGUCAGCUACAUUAUUCCAGGAGAACACAUCAAUCGCACUAACAUCCUACAUAAUACGGAUGACAGUGGAGCAUAUCAAGUCAAUGAAACAAUCCCAUGUUUCUACGCCUUGCACGAUUAUUCGUACGUCAUGGAAACCGUUCAUGCUAAUGACACAGGUGAUGUUAUUUUCUUGAUCUUUACGAUCAUCAUGUGCAUUCCAUUCGCUGCUGGAGUCCUCGCAAUCAUUUUUGGAGCCGUUUAUCAUACUGGAAGAGGAGCAUUGGUUGUAUUGAAAGGCUUCUUUCAAGUCAUUAGCGAAACUGCAACAAAAGUUUUAACAAUGUUGAAGACAAAGCAGGAAAAAGCUCACAACGAAUGCGAUACUUCAGCAUCAGACAGGUUGAAAAGAAACUCAAUUUUCAGCUAUUUUAUAAUUCCAGUAAAAAAUAGCAAAUUAGCCUUUGGAAACAUCGUUUCUUGGCUCAAGGCAAGAUUUGCAUGGAAUAGGCUUAAUACAUCGCAACAACAAGAUGUAUACUCUUUAGAGGACCAAGAGACUUUUACCACGCGAACUAGCUCCGACUUUAGUUUUAGAUCUACCAAGAAGCUCCUUUCGUAUUCAAAGAGCCUUCGAAGAGACAUAUCGGAUCAGAAUAGCAUAAAAACAAACUCACUUUAA